AUGUCGGCGGCACAACCCCAUGAGGCUCCGACGCCUUCGUCCAUUGACGACUAUGGCAGCAAGAGCAGCACGCCCACCAAGCAGGCUACUGGAAACCGGCAAGGCGCCCUCAUGCCCAUGUCGAUGCAGCAGCAAGACGCCGAGCUCGGCUUUGAGCAGAGCGACGAGCUCGACAAUGACCAGAUGAAGCAGCUCGCCGCCUCUGGCAACGCCCACUUUCACCGUCUCGGCUGGAAGCGCCUCGCCGUCGUCACCAUUGUCGAGGCCGUCGCCCUCGGCGCCCUCAGCCUGCCCAAGGCCUACGACACGCUCGGCAUGUUUCCCGGCGUCUUCCUCACAAUCACGCUCGGCCUCAUCGCCAUCUUCACCAGCUGGAUCGUCGGCCAGGUCAAGCUAAAGUACCCCGAAGCCGCCAGCUACGCCGACGCUGGGCGUCUGCUGCUCGGUCGCUUCGGCUACGAGCUCUUUGGCGCGGCCAUGGUCCUCGAGCUUGUCAUGGUUGUCGGCUCCCACGCGCUGACGGGCAGCAUCGCCCUGGGAGAUCUCAACAAUGGCCGCGUCUGCUCCGUUGCCUUUUCGGCCAUUUCCGCCAUCAUCCUGCUGAUACUUGCCAUUCCUCCCUCCUUCACCGAGGUUGCCAUCCUCGGCUACAUUGACUUCGUGUCCAUUAUUGUCGCCAUUGGCAUCACCAUUAUUGCCACGGGUGUCCAGGCUACAAACAGCGACCACGGUCUCAAGGGAGUCGAUUGGCGGACCAUGCCCAAAGAGGGCCUCGGCUUCGCUGAAGGUUUCGUCGCCGUCAGCAACAUCAUCUUUGCCUUUAGCUUCGCCAUUGGCCAAUUCUCCUUCAUGGACGAGAUGCAUACCCCGACCGACUACAUGAAGUCCAUCUGGGCGUCGGGCAUCAUCCAAAUCGCCAUUUAUACGCUGACUGGUGCCUUGUGCUAUGCCUUCAUCGGAAGCAGUGUACUUGCGCCAGCUCUGCUCUCCGCCGGUCCCACCAUCUCCAAGGUGGCAUUUGGCGUUGCCUUGCCCGUCAUUUUCAUCUCUGGUUCCAUCAACUCUACCGUGGCUCUGCGAUAUAUCCACGGCCGCAUCUGGAAAAAGUCCAUUGUGCGAUAUGUCAAUACACCCAGGGGCUGGUUCUGGUGGAUCUCCCUCGUCACCGUCUUUACCAUUAUUGCUUGGAUCAUUGCUGAAGCUAUCCCCAUCUUCUCCGACUUGCUGUCGCUUGCCUCUGCUCUCUUCGUGUCGGGAUUUUCCUUUUGGAUUCCCGCCGUCAUGUGGUUCUAUCUCCUCUGCGAAGGGCCCUGGUACUCGCGCAAGAAUAUCCUCAUCAGUCUUGGGAGCGUUGUCGCCUUCAUCAUUGGCAUCAUCACUCUCGGUGCUGGCACUUAUGCUACAAUUAAAGACAUUAUUGACCAAACUACACACGGCGACACUCAUCGCCCAUUUACUUGCCGCCCGCUCCCCAACGUGGGCAAUCCCGCCGCUGGCCACUAA